AUGGCACCGGAAAAUGAUAUCACUGCCCUAGAGGUACACCCCAACAAGAAAGACCUGACUACUGAAACCCCUGAUGUGGCCAAUCAAGAUGAGGGAAUCUACGCCGAGACCACGACCAAUCGCCGCAAUCCCGUUGGAUCACGAUUGGGCUCCGUUAUCAAAGCCUUUGAGAACCAGCUCAUCGAGUAUAACUUGGAAGCGCGGGGUAUUGAACGAGUCGCUCCAGAUGAGCGCAUGAAGCGCCACACCUGGAUGUCGUAUCUACAAGUGUUCUUACUUUGGAUCUCUAUCAACCUUGCACCCAAUAACAUUACCCUCGGGAUGCUAGGGCCUGCCGUGUAUGGUCUCAGCUUCCGGGACACGGCGCUUUGCGCUGUAUUUGGCGCCUGUGUUGGUUCCAUCGUCUCCUCUUGGAUGGCCACAUGGGGGCCCGCUUCCGGGAUUCGGACAUUGGCCUUUGGGAGGUAUUCGAUGGGCUGGUGGCCCAGCAAGAUCAUUGUUCUAUUAAAUCUUGUUCAGAUGAUUGGAUACGGCUUGAUCGAUUGCGUCGUUGGCGGACAAAUCUUGUCUGCUGUCUCCCCUGGCGGCAUGUCUGUAGCUGUCGGCAUUGUGAUCAUCGCGGUUCUCAGCUGGGCUGUGGCCACAUUCGGCAUCCAAGUCUUCCACUACUAUGAGCGAUUCGCCUUUUUGCCCCAAGUAAUUGUGGUCUUCAUCCUCUUUGGGGUAUCAUCUGUAAAGUUUGACCUGUCAACCACCUCUGUCGGUGAUCCCAGGACAUUAGCUGGUAAUAGGCUAUCCUUCUUCUCCAUCUGCCUGAGCGCCGCAGUCACCUACGCCCCACUCGCGGCCGACUUCUUCGUUUACUACCCCGAAAAUACCUCUUCCGUGAAGCUAUUCAGCCUAAGCCUGGCAGGCCUCCUCGUCUCCUUCACCAUGGCUCUAGUCUGCGGUGCUGGGCUGGCCUCGGGCAUUUCUACCCACCCAGAGUACUCUGCCGCCUACGAGCAAGGCCAAGGAGCACUUAUCGUCGAGGGAUUCGGCCCGCUACACGGCUUCGGCAAGUUCUGCUCUGUGAUCUGCGCCUUAGGCCUGAUUGCCAAUACCGUCGCGCCCACGUACUCCGCUGGAAUCGACUUCCAGAUCCUCGGUCGCUACGCCGAGGCAGUACCGCGCGUCAUCUGGAAUACCAUUGCCGUCAUUAUCUAUACCGUCUGUGCGCUAGUUGGUCGCAGCAACCUCUCUGAGAUUUUCACCAAUUUCCUCGCUUUGAUGGGCUACUGGGUUGUCAUCUGGAUUGCCAUUGUUCUCGAGGAGCGGUUCAUCUUCCGUCUUCGCACAGGAUACAACUGGGCGAUCUGGCGGGAUCCAUCAAAGCUGCCCAUUGGAAUUGCGGCUUUCGCUGCCUUUGUUAUUGGCUGGGUUGGCGCCGUGUUGUGUAUGGCGCAGGUGUGGUACAUCGGACCCAUUGCCAAAUUGGUCGGCGAAUAUGGUGCUGAUGUAAGUUGA